CCUCUCGCUACUUGUCAAACAUUUGGUAGUGACUUUUAUUACCAAAAGCAUCAUGUAAAUAAAAUUUCUUUACUUUUAGAGUCUCGUCGAUUUGUUGAAUACAAUCUAGAUAAACGAUUGCUCUUACAACAUGGACAAAGAGCGUAUUUUAGCAGCUCGAAAAAAACUCAAAGAGUUUCAGAGGAAAAAGUAUCAACAGGCGAAAAAUAGUAGUCAGAGUCCAUCCUUAGAAAAUUUGCAAGAAACUCAAGAUGCUUUCAGACAUAUACAACAGAACUUGGAUUCAAAAGAUAGUAACGAAAGUAUCCCUAGUGAUACAAGAAGUACUACUGAUUCUCCAAGUUUGUACAAUAGUGCAGAUUUCGUGAAAAAUGUUUCACCAGCUGACAUACAAGAUAGUACAAGUAUUCAAAAGUUAGAUCAAGAUUACGCAUCAGUCAAUGGUUCUACGGAUAUUCCGUUAUUUAAUAGUUUUACUCCAGCUCACAGCAGAAACGAAAGCACCUCGACUGUGUCUUCUCAAAUAACUCAUGACAAUGUUGAUUACAGUUCUCAGAUUGACAAUUUAAACUUAGGAUUGAACAUACAAAGCAGUCAUUCGAGUUCCCUGCAAAAAGAACAACUAUUGCAAAUGGCAAACACAGUGGCAAAUAUUUUAGUUGAUGAGAAACGUUUGGACGAAUCAACGUUGAAUCACUGUGAUUUGGAGCAAAAAAAUCAAUUUUUAACAACAUGUUUGGAAGAGCAAAAGAAACUAGUAAAUCAGUUAGAUAUUCAAUUAAGUCAGAACCACAACAGAAUAUCCGAGUUAGAGGCAAUUAUUAGUACUAAGAAUGCAGAGUAUGAAAACAGGCUGAUUAGAGAAAUCAAUCCUUUGAAAGAGCAAAUACAAAUAGAUGCUCAAACCAUUGGAAUUCUGGUUGGAGAAAAAGCUGAGUUGACAGCUGCCAAUUCUCAAAACCAAAUCAUAAUCAAACAGAAAACUGAAGAAGUAAUGGAUCUUUAUGGAAAGCUAAAAAAUUCUGACCAAAGGGUCGCCGAGUUGGAACAAGAGUUAGCAGUAGCAAAAAGUAAUCUUGAUGAUUUCUCAAAAUCUUAUCAGCAGUUACAAAGCAACUAUGAAGAAGUUGUUGAUAAAUCAGCGAAACUCAAAAAAGAAAAUGAAGAUUUUGAAUUAGAAAUUUCUGAGUUGAGACAAAAUCUCAGUUUUAAAAAUACGGAAUUAUCUAGUUUACAGGAAGAAUUACAAGAAAAAAUAGCGCUCUUGCAAUUAAGCGAGCUUCGAGUGAAGCAGAUGGCAAACUCUCCACAAGAGGUGCAAUCUCUUGAAAGUCAGCAUUAUGCUACCAAAAUUCUUGAGCAACAACUAUCACAAAUGAGAGAAGCGCUAGAAAGUGUCAAUGGAGAGAAAGACGAAGUUAGUAAAAAAUAUCAAAGCUACGUGCAGCAAUUAGACGAACGGUACAACAAAGUUUUGGCUGAGCUCGAAUCAUCGCGCAAAACAAUCAAUGAUUCGGAAGUACGAGAGCAAAGCUACAUCCAGAGACUGUCCGAUUUAGAACAGCAGUUGCAAAGAGAAAAAAAUAAACCUAUAAAACCGAUAGAGGAUCAGACAGAAAAGAUUGAUCUCUUAACGAAAAGUAUGGACAAUCUGGUCUUGGAACAGGAAAAUCUCCAAUCGUUGUUAAAUGAAAAAGAUAAUGAAAUAGAGUUGUUGAAAAAAGAACUACAAGAAUUUCAAAAUGUCCGAGAACAAAGUUUAGAAGCAACUAAACUGGCCCAAGCUUUGCAAAGCGAACAGCUCGGAGCUUCGCGUGCUGUAGCGCAAAAUCAAUUAUUGAAAAAUCAACUCGAGGAAAUGCAAGACGCAUUUUCCAACUUGAUUGAUACGAAAUUAGAUUUGACAGAAAAACUCCAGGCAGAACGAUCUAUUGGCAAAAAAUUGAAUGCGGAGCUGAAUGACAUGGAACAGCAAAUAGAGCAACUGAAAGAACAAUUAGCUAAGAAAGAAAUAGCCUUAAUCGAUCUUGAGAAAGAAAAAUUACAAGCAGCACAAAUCGAAGAUCAGAUGCAGCACUAUCAGGCUCAGUCACAUAAUGCACCUACGUUGCAACAGGCACUUCAAAAUUCCUUGAUAACGAUUGAAAAUUUGAAGAAGGAAAAUCAAGUUUUACAAUCAAAAUUACAAGCAGUUGAAAACAGUCAUACCGAAAAUGUAAAAGUGCUGCAAGAAAGGAUAGAAAUUGUAUCGGAAAAUUGCAGUUCUAAUUCUGAAGAAAAUGACAGCAAUGAUCAAAUUUCAAAAAAUCAAUCUGUAAAAUCCAAGAUCAGUGCUAUUCCAAUUAUUUCAGAUCCUAUAAAAAAACUCGAAGCUAGAUUUAAGGAUACAAUGGAGAAAGUUGCAGAACUGACAGACGAGAAGCAGCGGCUUGAGCAUAUUAUUUUACAAUUACAAGGAGAAACAGAAACUAUUGGAGAAUACGUGACGCUGUAUCAAAGACAACGAGCUAUUCUUAAGCAAAAGUCUCGAGAUAGAGAAAACACUUUUGCGGUGCUCUUGGAGCAACGUAAUCAACAACAAGAGCAGUUACACAAGCUAAAAUUACUAGUUGCUGAUUUACUGAAAUCUAAAAAUACUAGUGCAACUGUUCCAACAGCCAUAGCUGCUGAAGAAAAUAUGCCCUUAUCCAAUAAUUCUGAAAGUGAAAGUAAUGCCAUCGAAGUUAUUGAAGGAAAUGCGAAUAAUCAAACAGAUCCGACAACGUCCAAAAUUUUAGAUCUUUUGGCGGAAAUUAAAGACUGUAACACGUGUAUUUUGGAACCUAACUUCCAUCCUUGUCCGUGGUGCUCUGGUAAACUAAUCACGGUCUAGCGAUUUAAAAAACGUAAUGGCUAAACGAAUAUUUAUAA